AUUCGGGGGCUGGCUCUCCUUCGGCCGGGCAAGGAAGCGGACGGAGGCAGGGAUUUCCUCGUCUGGGGAAAGGGGGGCGGUGCUGCUGCUGCUGCGUCGCUGCUCUCCUCUCCUGGCUCCGACCUGCUGCAGCGAGUGGAUGGCAGCCCGGGCAACAAAAGGAGCGGCGGCGCCUCCGGUCUCACGCCCCCCCGGGCACCACCGGCUCUGUUUAGUUUGACAUCUGAAAGCUGGGCGAUUUGACUCCAAGGUGAGCAGAAACCUGCGGUCGCCAUGUCAACUGGGAGGUUCCGAACAAAGAAAAAAACACCUCCUGUUGACCAUUCUCACGAUAAUCUUCCUCUGAGAAGUUCAGGGAGACAGGUGAGGAGGAAAGCUGCAGAGGCAGCCGAGGAUGAUGAAGAUGCCUCAGAGAAGAAGUACCGGAAAUGUGAAAAGGCAGGAUGUACAGCAACAUGCCCUGUUUGCUUUGCCAGUGCUGCUGAAAGGUGUGCUAAAAAUGGCUACACAUCAAGAUGGUAUCACCUCUCCUGUGGGGAACAUUUCUGUAAUGAAUGUUUUGAUCAUUACUACCGAAGUCAUAAAGAUGGCUACGAAAAAUACACUGCCUGGAAAAGGAUUUGGACCAGUAAUGGAAAAAGUGAACCCAGCCCUAAAGCUUUUAUGGCUGAUCAACAGCUCCCUUACUGGGUCCAGUGUACAAAGCCAGAGUGUGGGAAAUGGCGGCAGCUGACAAAGGAAAUCCAGCUUACCUCGCAAAUAGCCAAAACAUACCGCUGUGGCAUGAAACUGAACAAUUCCACAAAGGUGGAAGGCCCAGACCAGUGCUCCAUGCCUGAGGAUCUGAGAGUUGCUGAAGUUUCAGAUCACUGGUGGUAUUCCAUGCUCAUCCUUCCGCCUUUGCUGAAGGACAGUGUGGCUGCUCCUUUGCUGUCUGCAUACUACCCAGACUGUGUGGGCAUGAGUCCCUCUUGUACCAGUACUCACCGGUUGGUUGGUGAAUCCAAUGCAAUAAAAAUGGAGCACUUAAAGACUCCACCUACUAUAGCUGGGAUGAACAAGUACUUCCAGCCUUUCUACCAGCCCAACGAAUGUGGUAAAGCACUGUGUGUGAGACCAGAUGUAAUGGAACUAGAUGAACUCUAUGAGUUUCCAGAAUAUUCACGAGACCCCACCAUGUACCUAGCUCUGAGAAACCUCAUUUUGGCUCUGUGGUACACAAACUGCAAAGAAGCCCUAACCCCUCAGAAAUGUACGCAUCACAUCAUUGUUCGAGGCCUUGUACGCAUUCGCUGUGUGCGGGAGACAGAGCGAAUACUUCAUUUUAUGACCAGGAAAGGUCUGAUUAACACAGGGGUCUUGUCAGUUAAUCCUGACCAACCUCUUCUGCCCAAAGACUACCAUAAUAAAUCUGUCAUUGUGGUUGGGGCUGGUCCUGCUGGAUUAGCAGCUGCAAGACAACUUAAGAACUUUGGAAUUAAGGUUCUUGUGUUAGAAGCGAAGGACAGAAUUGGGGGCCGCGUGUGGGACGAUAAGACUUUCAAAGGGAUUACUGUGGGAAAAGGGCCACAGAUAGUGAACGGCUGUGUCAACAAUCCAGUAGCACUAAUGUGUGAGCAACUGGGCAUUAAAAUGCAUAAAAUUGGAGAGAAGUGUGAUCUAAUUCAGGAAGGUGGAAGGAUAACUGACCCCACUAUAGACAAGCGCAUGGACUUCCAUUUCAAUUCUAUCCUUGAUGUUGUAGCAGACUGGAGAAAAGACAAAAAUCAGCAUCAGGAUAUUCCUCUUGGAGAUAAAAUCCAGGAGAUCUAUAAAGUUUUUAUUCAGGAAUCUGGUAUUCAGUUCAGUGAUCUCGAGGAAAAAGUCCUUCAGUUCCAUGUCAGUAACCUUGAAUACGCCUGUGGCAGCAACCUCCAUGAGGUUUCUGCACGCUCCUGGGAUCACAAUGAAUUUUUUGCUCAGUUUGCUGGAGAUCACACGCUCUUAAACUCGGGAUACUCAACAAUAAUUGAAAAAAUGGCUGAAGGCCUGGACAUUCGGUUAAGGGUUCCAGUUCGCAGUAUAGACCAUACAGGGGAAGAAGUCCAAGUGACUGCAACCGAUGGAACUCUCUGGAAAGCACAAAAGGUUUUAGUUGCUGUACCUCUGACUAUUCUUCAAAAAGGUGCCAUUCAGUUUAACCCAGCCUUGUCAGAGAGAAAAAUGAAAGCUAUCAAUAGUUUGGGAGCUGGAGUCAUUGAGAAGAUUGCGCUACAGUUUCCAUACAGAUUCUGGGACAGCAAGAUUCAAGGAGCUGAUUACUUUGGCCACGUUCCACCUAGUUCCAGCAAACGUGGACUCUUCAGUGUUUUCUAUGAUAUGGAUCCACAGCGUAAAUGCAGUGUUCUAAUGUCUGUUGUUACGGGUGAUGCUGUGGCAACUAUGAAGAACUUAGAUGACAAGCAAGUGCUGCAACAAUGCAUGAUUGUGCUCCGCGAGCUUUUUAAGGAACAGGAAGUGCCAGACCCAGUCAAGUACUUUGUUACACGAUGGAACAAAGAUCCUUGGAUCCAAAUGGCAUAUAGUUUUGUGAAGACAGGGGGCAGCGGUGAAGCUUAUGACAUCCUAGCGGAAGACAUACAAGGAAAAAUAUUUUUUGCUGGAGAGGCCACAAACAGACAUUUCCCGCAGACAGUUACUGGAGCUUACUUGAGUGGUGUUCGAGAAGCAAGCAAAAUAGCAGCAUCUUGAAUACUAUACUACUGUUUACAGAUUGUCUUUUAACAACUUCCUCAAAUUCAAAA